AUGUGGCCCCCAGCUCGUGUGGCCGCGGCCCGUGGGCUCCAGCUCGUGUGGCCCCGGCUCGUGUGGCCCCGGCUUGUGGGCUUCGGCUCGUGGGCUCUGGCUCAUGUGGCCCCCCAGCUCGUGUGGCUGCGGCCCGUGGGCUCCAGCUCGUGUGGCCCCGGCUCGUGUGGCCCCGACCCCCAGGACAUCGCCUGCGGCCCCUCCCCGGCGGCGGCUAAAGCCCUCGAGAACGGCACACACCGGUUCCGGCUCCAGAAGCAGGCGGCCGCGGGGGAGAAGAGCCAGGCCCAGGGCCCCGAGGCGCAGUGCCUGCUGCCGUCCGACGGGAAGCGCCCGGCCCACCAGAGCCACGUGGUCAUCCUGCCGGCGGACGGCGGCAUGGCCGCCAUCAGCUUCGUUGGGGCCCUGAAGAUCCCGGGGGUGAUCGAGUUCUCGCUGUGUCUGCUCUUCGCCAAGCUGGUCAGCUACACGUUCCUCUUCUGGCUCCCGCUGUACAUCACCAGCGUGGACCACCUGGACGCGCAGAGGGCCGGGGAGCUCUCCACCUUGUUCGACGUGGGCGGCAUCUUCGGUGAGUGCUGCCGCUGGCUGACUCCGUGGCGGGAGACGCUCUCCCCCACCUGA